GGUGGCGGCGGCAGCAGCGGCAGCGCCACCCUGGACUCGCUGAUGGACCGUGUGCCUUUCCGCGGGCGCAAACCCGCGGUGGUGGACCUGACCACGGGCAUGCGCGUCGCGGCGCGUGUCUCCGAGGCCCACCUUUCCUGCCCUGAGGCUGAGCGUGACGAGUACCUGUACUGCCUCCUGUCCUGCCACCCGGGCCGCACCAUCGUGUUCGUGAACGCGGUGUCGGCGGUGCGCCGCCUGGCGGCCAUCCUCAAGCUGCUGGCCCUGCCCGUGCAGGCGCUGCACGCGGGCAUGCAGCAGCGGCAGCGCCUCAAGGCCCUCGACCGCUUCCGCGCCGACGCGGCGGGGGUGCUGGUGGCCACCGACGUCGCGGCGCGCGGGCUGGACGUGCGGGAUGUCCGCUGCGUGGUGCACUACCAGCUCCCCGCCUCGCUGGACACCUACGUGCACCGGUCCGGGCGGACGGGGCGGGCCAGCGCAGAGGGACUCAGCUUGGCCAUGGUCACGCCCAAGGAGCAGGCGCGCUUCCUGGCCCUCUACCGCGGCCUGGGCAGGGAAGUGCCCCCGGAGUUCCCCAUCGACCUGUCGCUGCUGCCCGCCGUGCGCAAGCGGGUCAGGCUGGCAGUCAGGCUGGACGCCCACGAGCGCAAGCACUCCAAGAGCUGCGCGGAGGCCGCCUGGCGGAGCCAGCAUGCGGAGGAGCUGGGCAUCGAGCUGAGCGACGAGGAGCUGAGCGAGGAGGAGGCGGCCGCGACUGGGCGCAGGGGCGGGCGGAGAGGGCAGGCACUGGAGGCGGGGGACCGCGGGGUUGACGGCGUGAUCGCCGCACAGGUAUGUUUAUUGGUUGUUUUUUAUGGAGGGAAGGGGAGUAAUGGGGAGUAA